GGCCAUCGUGCACCCGACGCACGUGCACCGGACGCGACAGGCAACCGUGGUGAUGGCGCCGAGCAGGAGACGACCGGGGCCGCGACGCUCUUGCUGCUCGGACGUAGCCUCGACGACAUCAGGCGGCAGAGCCGGGCGAGCCGCGAGAAGGAGAGCGCAGGGUCCUGGUUGGGAGGUUCAAGGCCUGUUCUUUUCGGCUCAUUGUAGAAUCUGCCGGCUCUGGAGAUAGCAGCAACAGCGAGCUCAGUAGCUGCACGAACAGCAUGCGCUUGGACAACUUUACGCCGAUGGCCCAGCGCUUCUUCCUCCUAGCCGAGACGACGAUCCCACAUGCGGGCAGCGUGGCGACGCUCAUGUUUGGCACGCAAGAUCCGUGCUAUCCGCUUGACAUGCCGAUCUGCAUGAGCCGCGACAGCGCUAGCUGCUUAGCGACAGCGACCCGGUACUUUGUCGUGCUUGGCGACUCGAGCGCCACUGUCGACCCCCCGACGAUCACCUUCGGUACGCUUGCACCGUGCCACCUGCACGACCCUUUCGUCGGCCUCGAGCAGGAUGGCUCGUCUCCGUCGGCCCAAGCCGACGGCAACAUGCCCUGUCUCGCACCCACGGUCACCUUUGGCACACUCGAGCCGUGUCCCUUGUACGAACCCGCGGUCGGCUUUGGCGCAGGUAGUCGCUACGUGUCGUACCCAGCGUUUCCGCGCUCAGUGGCCGACCCGCAGCACAGUGCCCCGCGCAAGCGAAUGAUUACCUUUGGGACGCACGACCCAUGCUGCCUGUACCUCGGCGGUCUGCCCAUGGGCUCCUUCCACGCCGGUACGCCAGAUGCGCCAACCGCCCCCGUCGACACUCUCACCGCGCAGCCAGCGCACUGUCUCUCCAACGACGACCACGAAGACGACUCGACGCAAGCCCAGCUCGAGGUCCCUGAUGACGCCACAAAGGCCAAGCGCGUCUGGAAGCUCACCAGUCGUGUCCUCCUUGUCGUCAAGUCUGUCAUCACGUCCUUUCAAGAUAUGCAUGCGGCGACCACCGACACUGCGGAUGCUCAGGACCUCGGCACAUGGAUCGAGACGCUUGCGGCACUGCACGCUGAGCUCUCGCUGCACCCGUGGCGCUUGAGCACCUUCGUACCGACGCUCGUGCGUCUCCAGAAGGUUCUCAGCGACCGCGCCGAGCUUCACGAAGAUGAGAUGUUGACGAUCAGCGACAGCUACGCCUCGAUGCUCAAGGCCCUCCGGCGCCGCUACCCUCGCAUGCGCCGCUUUCGUUGUCAGCUCAAGCCAUGAGGACAUGAGGCAGACGACCAGUGUGAGUGAGGUUACCCACGAGCCAUUACAUACCGUAGCCAGCCUAAGACGUAGCCAUGAAUGACACAAUGGCUCACGGCUCUAUGGUCAACUGCUUCCUGUGCUUCUACUGAUGGCUUGCUGGUAUAUAUUCGCUUAUCCAGUACAUGG